AUGGGGACCAGCCUGCGCAGUCAGUCCUUUCGAGAACCCCGACCCUCCUAUGGGAGGCUCCAUGAGUCUCAGGGCCGACUCCACCGGGCACUGAGUCUCAGACAGGGCCGUGAAAAGUCCAGGUCGCAAGGCCUCGAUGGAACGGAAGGGCUGGAGGUCUCUGCCCAGGAGCGGCUGCCAGGGACCCUGGGAGACACAGAGCAGCUGAUCCAAACGCAGAGAGGAGGCAGCCGGCGGUGGCUGAGACAAUACCAGCAGCAGAUGAAAAGAAGGUGGAGGAGCUUUGUCGCCAGCUUCCCCAGUGUGACCCUGAGUCAACCAGCCUCCCCGGAGACCUUGUUGGACACCAACAACUAGAGCUGCUGUGACUCCUCACUCCACUGGCUGCACGCCUGUGUCUCCU